AACUUUAUUGAUAAAAACCUAGCCCGCGGUUUCAUUCGCCCGGCUUCCUCCCCUUUCGCCGCGCCUGUACUUUUCCGAAAGAAGAAAGACGGGGGGCUUAGAUUGUGCACUGAUUAUAGGGGUCUGAACGCUGUUUCUUUGUCCAAUGCCUACCCCCUCCCGCUAAUCAAGGACUUGGUAGCUGAGGCCACCAAGGGCAAAAUCUUCUCGAAACUUGACCUCCGAGAUGCAUAUUUCCGUGUGCGCAUUCGGGAGGGGGAUGAAAGUAAGACUGCAUUUAAUACCCCUUUGGGGCAGUUUGAGUACCUCGUUAUGCCCUUCGGGCUUCAAGGGGCUCCGGGGGUCUUCAUGAACCUAAUCAAUGAGGUCCUACAUGAGUUCUUGUUCAAAGGAGUGGUCCUUUACCUUGAUGACGUGUUGCUGUACUCUCAGGACCUCCCGUCGCAUAUUAAAUUGGUGCGCCAGGUCCUUAAGCGACUUUAUGAACACCACCUGUUUGCAAAGCUGUCAAAAUGUGAAUUCCACAAGACAUGCAUUGACUUUUUGGGUUAUCGC